UUAGUUAGGCUUGGCAAGCGAGUGAGGUGCCUCUGUGUUUAAGAUCAAGUGGAUCAAUCUUACUUCUUAUAUAGACUUGCAGACGUGAUGGCGUGGUGCGCGUUGGUGACAGCGGCAGUGACGAGUAUGGUGACGGAGGUUGCCGGCAGUAUGGAAGACACAAUCAAGGAUCUUUACGAGGAGCCGCCGGAGGGUCAGGAAGGCAGGUUCUUCCUUAACUACGACCAAUCGACGGCUUUCAACACCUCAGUAGCCUUCACUAUUCCGCUCUUCUCGUUUACCUUGCCUGGUGCUGGGGAGUUCACCGCUGCUGGACUAACUUUGCAGUCCUUUGGCGCCCUUACCUUCGUUGCGCUCUUCCUGCUGGGCGGUCUGGGUGUAGCCAUUUACACCACCUCUCAGGGGGCCACAGGUAGAGGCAGGUCUGAAGAAAACAUCGUUCAUGACUCAACGCUGACUAGUUUGGUCACGGAGUCGUUGUCAUUACUACCCAGUGUGGUGGACACAAGAAGUUGUGCCAAGCUGACCAUCUGCGAGGCCUAUGCAGAUUCAGACAGAUACAGCUUCCUAGCCUGGCCUAUCAAAUUCAUUGUGCCGUCCCCUGGGCGCGACGUACCAGAAAAGGAGAUAACAGAAUUUGAGGCGGCGGCGAGGUACGGCGACGAGAAUGGAGAGGACUGUCAAUACGAGUAUCCUUGCCUGGUCCAGCCCCUCGACCUCAUCCUCCUUAUAUACAACUACUGGCACCGGGACGAACGUACACGAAAUGCACACGAAGUGGUACACAACAACAAGUCAAUGAAUGAGAACUGUUCACAUGUAGAAAAUAGAAUUUCUCUACGUAAAACACACGCGUCAGAAAAACACGAGGACUCGUCUCUCAAGUGGUCACCUGUUGCCAGACUCGAGCUAAAAGAUUCAGAUAAUGUAUCAAGCAUGAUGGCAUGGUGCUUGAUGGUGAUAGUGGCAACGUCCAUGAUAACAGAGGCCACCAGCAACAUGGAAGACACAAUCAAAGAUAUUUAUGAGGAGUCACCAAAAGGUCAGCAGGGAAGAUUCUUCAUGAACUAUGACCAAUCGAUUGCCUUCAACACCUCUGUAGCCUUCACUCUCCCACUCUUUACUUUUAUCCUGCCCGGCGCAGCAGACUUUGCAGCUGCUGGCUACAACUCACAAUCCUUCGGUGCCCUCACCUUCAUAGCACUCUUCCUGUUGGGCAUGCUGGGCCUGUCCAUAUACACCAUCUCUCAGGAAGACAUUGCCAGAGAGAGCUCUGGUGGACUCGACUUUCAAGAAUCCGUAUGGAACAAUCUCUUCACUGAGUCUCUGUCGUUCCUGCCCAGUAUGAUGGACAUGAAGAGUUGUUCCAGACUGGCCAUUUGUAGUGCCCAUGAAGAUUCAGCCAGAUAUGGCUUCCUAGCCUGGCCUGUUCGAGUCCUCAUGCCGUCCCCAAGUCAUGAUGUACCUGAAGAGGAACUGACAGAGUGCCAGCAGGCAGCCAGGUAUGGCAAAGAGGGAGAGGAAGAAUGCCAUUACAAGUACCCUUGUUUAGUCAAUCCCCUUGACCUCAUCCUUCUUAUAUACGACUACUGGUAUGGUGACGAGUAGAUCUCUGUCAACCACCAAGACAGCUGAUGCAGCACAGCUGAGCCAACACUGCAGGUGGCAAGAUGGAAGGCUCUGGGGAGAGUAACCCCCUCUCAUCAGAUAUUUGUCUGGGCAUUUUUACAUCUAUUUACUCAAGUGGGCAUUGGAAUAUUUUAUAGAAGCGAGCAAUUCUUGUAUUAGUACAUUGUGGGAAAAAGUCAAGUGUAACUUGUUCUGGAUUUUGAUUAGCAACCACUUAACCUUACAUGAUUACAAAGAUGCAAUAGUGAUGAACCAUGAACCUUGAGACCAAAAGGUAUGGAGAUUCUCAGAUUAUGAUGUGGAACAGGUAUGUUCCUGAAGGUCUGAGAAGCUUUUUCCUCUCACCUUCCGUCCGGUUCAACAGCUUCUCACACACAUAUUCACAGUUUUGGGAAGCCCUUGAAGUUUAUAAUGUAGUCUUCUUAUUUAUUUAAUUCAUGUUAGGUGCUGAAUCUAUGUGGGCCAUUCAGCACAAGACAUGGUGGAGGCUUGAUCCUUCGUUUGCUGAGCGCAAAACAGACAUGCUUCGUAUUUAUACUCGCCUUUAUCUGUAGUCUUCUUAAAAGAAUUUUUAAACACCAUUCAAGGUAGAAGACUUCACUUCAUCACAGGAAAGCUUAAUGUUUUGUAUGGCAUCCCUCACAUUAUAUGACUGACCACUCGUGAAUUGUUGGCUCGUUGGGUCCAUUAGUAUCCUCUACCAGCUAGGAAAUUAUAGGCACUGAAUGUGGCAGUAACUUCCUGAUCAAAAGGCUGGAUCAGUGAGGUGGUGUUUGGUGGAAGGAACAAAAUGCUAACACUUGGGUUGACAUAUUCAAGGUGUUUAGGGUGUCUUCUCAUUGUCAAGGAUGAGCAAGACCUUAAAAGAUAAGCUGUACUCCCUGCAGUGGCACUCAGUCUCCAUGAUGAAAUACUUUGUGAACCAGCCUUCAAAAAUCUGGCCUGUCAUCUAUCCCUUCUUGUUAGCAGCCCAUUGUACAGGCAUCAUGUUCUUACUCGACCCUUUCAAUGCACGUACUGCUGCACAGUAGGACACUGAACCUGUCCUUUACCGCCUUGAAUUCACAUGCAUCCUUCUCCUUAGAGAUGUACAUCCUAGAUAGCCUCCACUUCCAUAAAAGCCCCAAUUCAUCUGCCUUGCAACCUUGCUUAGGACUGCAUAGCCCUCUGCAGCUAUAAUUGCUUUAAGAUCAAGAAGCUGCAACACGAUCAGC